AUCUCUGAUUCUCUUUACCUAGCUGUCAAAACGUUUGACAUUUCCCAAUACGAAUAGUUAACCCCAAAAAAAUAAUUCAGGAUGGUUAAAGCAUCCCAAACAGGAGGCGUCAAGCCUAUGUCCAUCACUGGGCGCCUUACCAGUGAAAGGGAAAGACUUCUAGGUAUGACCGAUGAGGAGAGAGCUUUUCGUAAACAAUGGCUGAAAGACCAAGAACUGUCUCCGAACGAGCCCCGAAAAGUACCGGAGAUGUAUAAAGCCACUUACAAUCCUAUCCGAAGACUAUAUAGAGCUCCUCUGGAUUUGCUAGGAAAGGCCCUCGAGCCAGCACUUGGAGCCCAAAGAGCAUUAACUAUACGAUACUGGUCUGGAAAAGCUUUGUUAGGCAUAGCUGGGGCGUAUUGGUUCACAUAUUAUUUUAAGUACUGCGCAAACGAUUGGACUCGUAAGGGUGGCUGGAAAGUUGUUCAGUCACGAACAGCUGUCGUUGAAGGAGAUCCUGAUUACCCUAAACUUUCUGAUAGAAGCGAGCCACGUGAUUAUGCUGAUAGAGGUUUCAAGAAUAUGGAUUUAAAUUUAUAAAUGUGUUGUAGUGCGGUAUUUAAAAUACAUAGUUCAUUAAAUAGACAUUAAUUGUGUGCAUUUAUUUCUUUAAAUAAAAAUAAUUGGAUCUUUUUUAAA